AUGACGCACCUACCAGAAGCCGCUGAGGUGGAGAUACACCCCAGCAAUGCAGGCUAUGGGAUGCUGGAUUUGGGGGGGUUCGCGCUGCUGCCGUCGCUGCCGGUGUUGAACAUCGCAGCGCGGAUCAUACAGAGGCACUGGAGAAGGACAGAAGCGCGCCGCCGCCUAAGACAGCGACGCAACAGCAGAGAAGGGGAGGGGCUUCAGCAGGUCCCAGCUGGAGGAGACGACCCCCACCACGUGCAGCAGGAACACGCCGACCGCCGUCCUCUUGAAACGCGGCAUACGCACCCGAUGCGUUCAGAGAGGAGGAGAGAAGCAGAACCCAGGAGACAGCAGCGGCACGGGAUACCCCAUGCAGCCGCUGAUGUCAACGUCUUCGUUGACCCCUCAGUUAGACAAUCACCAACGCGACUCUCAGGUUUUGAGGGUCACCAUUUUGCAGCAGCAGCAGCAGCAGGGGCGGGGGAGAGAAUGGAGGGGAGGAAGCAGCCAAGGUUCGUCUCCGGAGGCCCACAACAGCUGUCGAGGCCCCCAAAAGGGGGGCCCCCAGCAGGGAGGACCUCUAAAAGGGGGCCCCCAGAGGCGGAGUUGAAUAUGUCUGGAUGGGAGGGCCUUACGAGCAGCAGCCAGCCAACUGAAGACAGUGCAACCGCUGCGGCCACAAAACACCUUGCGGCUGCACAGGGAGAAGAAGAAGUAUUGCUUCCUGAAGAAGGAGAAGGAGAGGCAAAUGAAGAACUUGGGCCCCAUGGGGCCCUUGGGUCCCUAGAUGCCACUGGGCACCCUGAAGGACCUGGGGGCACAGGGAGCCCUGUGGGCGCUGAGGGCCCUGGGGGCCCUGGGGGCCCUGAAGAAGUCAGCGUUUGCAGUGACGCGGAGUUUGAUGCGCUGCUGCAGGAGGGGGAUACUCAGGAUCGGCUUGGGAGGGGCAUGGAGGAUAUGUGUUUGCCGUGGACUGAGGGCAGUGCCUCGUCAUCAAGGAGUGCUACGAGGACGAUGGAGGAGUGGCUACAUAGCAGAGGCGUUCACAGGACUGAUGAAUGCGAUGAGGAAGCUGCUGCUGCUGCAGCUACUGCAGCUGCUGCAGAUGCUGCUGCAGGGGGGGGCCUGAGGAGUUAG